AUGUUGCUCAUCUGUAUACUACUUUACCCCAUUCUCCAGCCCAUCUACGCCUACUUUCGAGACGCGAGUGGGCUGCGACAGUUCCCUGCUCCUUCGUACGCAGGGCUGUCGAGUCUCUGGCGCAUUGGACACGCAAUUCGAAAGAAACAUUACCUUGCUGUACACAAUGCCCACAAGGCACUCGGCACGCAUGUGCGCAUUGCGCCCAACCACAUCUCCAUAUGCGACCCGGCCGCGAUGACUGAAAUCUAUGGGCACGGGACAAAUAUGCUGAAAGAGGGAUGGUAUGACGGCGGAGCGGGAGUCUACCGUAACAUGGGAGAUACUCGUGACAAGGCUGAGCACCAAAGCAAGAGGAAGAAAUUCGCCCACGUCUUUGCGCAGAAAACUAUCGUUGGUCUGGAACCAGUAGUCCACAGCAUGGUGCAGACUCUGAACUCUGAAAUCGAUAAAAGAGCAGCAUCUGGUGAGACCAUCAACGUGCGUCGCUACCUCAACUAUUUCACUAUCGACUUGAUCUCCAAGUUGCUCUUCGGGGAGUCGUUGGGGUGCAUGACCCGAGGUAACGACACUGUAUCGGCCGAGACGAAGGAUGGCAAGGUGUACGAGACCACCUUAAUCGAUGCGCUUCAUCUAUCCAUGAGCAUCAACACCCCUCUGGGCAUGGAAGCGCCGCUACUACCGUACACCACGCGGCUCUUCGCCUUCCACCCCUAUAGGCGAGCAGGAGCCAGGUUCGAAGACAUCGUGUAUCACAACACCAUGAAGCGGUUGCGCAAGACCGAGGACCAAGAUGACUUCUUUGCGAAGCUCCUAGUCAACAACAAAGGGGAGGAGCUCAACUUGGAACUCGGCGAGAUCCUGGCUGAAAGUGGUGUCAUCAUGAAUGCUGGAAGCGACACGACGACCUCUGCACUUACGAGCACAGUCUUUUUACUGUACAAGCAUCCUCAAGUGCUGGCGAAGCUUCGUAAAGAGCUCGACGCUAACCUUGGCGACGUCGCCAUACCUGCAUACGAAGCAGUUGCCAACUUGACAUACCUCCGGGCAUGCAUUGAGGAGUCACUUCGUCUUCGGCCAGCUCAGUCUAUUGGUCUUCCACGUACGGUUCCCGCUGGCGGUCGUACGAUCGCUGGCCGUUUCAUUGAAGAAGGCGUCACCGUGUCUGUUCCGACAUACACCCUGCUUCGUGAUCCUCGAGCGUUUGACGAGCCGGAAACCUACAAUCCCGAUCGUUGGAUGACAGGCGACAAAGAGAAAAUGGCGCGGUAUCAUCUGCCCUUCAGCGUGGGGCCGCGGGCUUGUAUCGGACGAAACAUUGCCUAUUUUGAGCAGCUCAUCGUGAUUGCGGAUCUCGUGAAGAACUAUGAUUUCGAACUGCUAUCCAGCGACUUUGAACUGGAAAAUUUUGAGCGCCUCAAUUCCAAUCCUGGAGAGUUACCGAUGAGAGUCAGAAGGAGGAUAAACAACAUGUGA